GUUGUAUGGCCAGAUUCCAUUUGAUCUAUACAAGUGUAAAGAGCUUCAAGUGUUAAGAUUGAUUUCCAAUGAAUUUACAGGAAGCAUACCAACACAAAUUGGUAAUUUUACCAAGCUAAAACAACUAAAUAUUGGUCGCAACUACUUGACAGGCGAAAUCCCUCAAGAGAUUGGAAAUCUUUUCAAUUUAGAAAUAUUGGCUUUGCAGGUCAACAGCCUGAACGGAAGUAUACCAGGGGACAUUGGAAACUGCACUUCCCUUAAGCAAAUAUUAAUUAAUCGAAACUUUUUAACAGGAACCAUUCCAAGGGAGAUUGGAAAUAUUACUUUGCUCCAGAUAUUAUCGAUGGACAAAAACAAUUUAACUGGUACAAUACCUCAAGAGAUUGGCAACCUUCAAAAUCUGCAAAUUGUGCAUUUAUCUUUCAACAAAUUGAAAGGCUCAAUUCCAUCUUCAAUCUUCAAUAUCUCAACAAUGAAUUGGAUUGCUCUUACAUCCAAUAAUCUGUCAGGAAAUCUUCCAUCAACCUUAGGCCUUAGCCUUCCAAAUAUUAUAUGGCUUUACCUUAGUAUUAAUGAACUCACUGGACCUAUCCCUCCAUCCAUUUGCAAUGCAUCUAAGCUAGAAAUCCUAGAAUUAGCUCACAAUUCUUUUUUUGGCUCCAUUCCUGAGUGCUUUGGAACUUUAAAAUAUUUGGAGACACUCAAAUUAGCUCAUAAUCUUUUAGCCACUAAAAAUCCAUUUGGAGAGCUAAGCUUUCUUUCAUCAUUGACAAAUUGUCAAAAUUUGGUCUACUUAUGGUUCGGUCACAAUCCACUUUUAGAAGGCUAUCUUCCAAUUUCUAUUGGAAAUUUAUCCAAUUCUCUUGAAUACUUUAUUGCUAGUGAUUGUCUUAUAAAGGGUGAAAUUCAAGAAAAUAUUGGCAAUUUAAAUAGCUUGAUAAGUCUAAAUUUGGGAAACAAUUUAUUAACAGGAGAAAUUCCAAGUGCUAUUGGAAGAUUAGUAGAGCUUCAAGGUUUAUUUCUUCAUGGUAAUAAUUUACAAGGAUUUAUCCCAAAUGAGCUAUGUUAUUUGAAGUCACUUGUUAACUUGGAAUUGACGAGCAAUAACAUUUCAGGAUUGAUACCAUAUUGCUUUAACAACCUUACAUCCUUAAGAGAUCUAUUCUUGGCUUCGAAUAACUUCAUUGGUACCAUACCCUCAACUUUAUGGAGACUAAAAGAUAUUUUACAAGUGAACUUAUCUUCAAACUCUUUAAUGGGUUCUCUCUCGUCAGAAAUCGAGAACCUAAAGGUUGUUGUUUUGAUAGAUAUAUCAGAAAAUGAAUUAUCGGGUCAGAUUCCUACAACCAUUGGAGGUAUGCAAGAUUUAAUUGCCUUAUACUUACAUGGGAAUAAGUUACAAGGUCAAAUUCCUGAAUCAAUUGAUAACUUGAAUGCCUUGGAAUUCUUAGACCUUUCAAGAAAUAACCUUUCAGGAAUGAUUCCUAAGUCUUUGGAGAAACUAUUGCAUCUUAAGUACUUCAAUGUUUCCUUUAAUCAAUUACAAGGAGAAAUUCCUGAUAAAGGACCUUUUAUGAACUUUUCAUUCCAGUUCUUUAUAGGAAAUAAAGGGUUAUGUGGCUUACCUAGGUUGGAGGUUGCAACUUGCAAAAACAAUCGCAAUAUUCGAGCAUCUAAAAAGCUAAGCCAAAACAAUCGCAAUAUUCGAGCAUCUAAAAAGCUAAGCCAGCUUUUUCUUAGAUAUAUUUUGCCUUCUUUCAUAUUCACUGUGUUGAUACUUGUCAUAAUUAUUUUUCAUCGAUUUAAAAGAAAAGCAAAGCUUAAAGAUCCUGAAAGUUUUUUGCAAUUAGAGAAAUGGAGAAGAAUUUCAUAUCGAGAACUUGAGUUUGCAACAAAUGGGUUUCAAGAAAGCAAUUUUCUUGGUGUGGGAAGUUUUGGAAAAGUGUAUAAGGGAACUUUAUCAGAUGGAACAAUUAUUGCAAUAAAGGUUUUCAAUAUGCAAUUAGAGAAAGGAUUUAAGAGCUUUGAAAAGGAAUGUGAUGUGUUACGCAAUCUUCGCCAUCGAAAUCUUGUCAAAGUUGUCAGUAGUUGUUGCAAUCUUGAUUUCAAGGCAUUGGUAAUUGAGUUCAUGCCUAAUGGAAGUCUAGAGAAAUGGUUAUAUUCCGAGAAUUACUUUUUGGAUAUUCUUCAAAGGUUAAAUAUUAUGGUAGAUGUGGCAUCUGCAUUAGAAUAUAUCCAUCAUGGCUGUGUUAUGCCUGUGGUUCAUUGUGAUAUAAAGCCAAGCAAUGUUUUGUUAAAUGAAGAGAAGGUGGGAUUUGUUGCUGAUUUUGGCAUUGCAAAACUUUUAGGUGAAGAAGAUUCUGUUAAGCAAACGAUAACACUAGCCACAAUUGGUUAUAUGGCACCAGAGUAUGGAUCAGAAGGACUUGUAUCGAUGAAAUGUGAUGUUUAUAGUUAUGGUAUUCUAUUGAUGGAAACUUUUACGAGAAAGAAACGGAAACGUUUUUUACGAGAAGAAACGACAGAUGAGUUAUUUCUCGCGAGGAAAUUGAGUCUGAAACAGUGGGUCUGA